CAACAUUACAGGCAUCCUCCAUUUUGCUGGGGCAGCUGACAUUUGUUUGCGAGAGAAAAAUCACAGGAAUAUAGCAAACACUCGCUCAAAAUGGGUGCCUCUGCGAUUCCUAUUGCUGUUUUCACCAUCCUGUGGGGCGUGGUCGGUAUUGUGUGCCCCUUCUUCGCCCCUAAGGGCCCGAAUAGAGGGAUUAUCCAGGUGGUGUUGAUGCUAACAGCUGCUACAUGUUGGUUAUUCUGGCUGUGCGCGUACAUGGCGCAGAUGAACCCGCUCAUCGGGCCCCGGCUCAGCAACGAGACGCUCAUCUGGAUGGCCAGGAAAUGGGGCAACCCCAUCAACAUGACCGCAUAGAUCAGCCGCUUCUAUUUAUAAUUUAAUUAAAUAAACAUAUAUUUGUGAAUAGUUCCUUAACAUCGAAGGACUUACCUAAAUAUUGUCAAACACAUUUAAAAUACAUGCAUGUGGCUUUCCUACUCAGAAGGGACCUUUCUUUAAGUGCAAUAAGGAAGUUUUUAUCUGAAAUACCUACUAAUAACAGUAACUCUUCGUAUUGCAUAUGAAAUACUAAGGAACCUUUUGACAUGGAAUGUCACACAUGUUAUUAUAAAAUGUCCUUAACAUUUAGGGCCUUAAAUAAAUAAAUAAAAAACUCUUAAUUAUGUAUAUGUGAAAACCUCCCUAUCAGGGGCUGAAUUGAAUGUAAUAAUGUAAUAAAAUCAAACAUUAAUGUAAGCGUUUCAAGUGAAAAGUAUUUAAAAAUCAUUCCGCCGCGUAUAUACUGUGUGAAGCUGUUCAAGUAUUGUAGAUAUUUUAUUUCAAUAAAGUUAUGUCAGUUA